AUGACCACCACCGAGGAGGUUGCCCUCUCCGACACCAGCCGCUCCUUCCGCCGUGCCAGCAACAACGAGUACGCCUUCCGCGUGCCCACCCCGCCGCGCAUCAUCAUCCCGCCGCCCGCCGUGAACAGCCAGGAAUCCUCCAAUGCCAUCCGCGUUGACUCUGUCUCCACCAUCGAUGCCCGCGGCCCGGACCUGAGCUUUCUGGCCGCCGUCAAUGGCGGCGAGCUCACCGCUCAAAACGCCGGUCUGGAGUGGACCUACGAGAAGCGCCGCGAUGCUCAGAUGGUAACGCCAUACCUCUAUCUGGGCCCCCACAGCGCUGCGAAAAAUCGAGACUUCCUUAGCAAGACGAAUAUCACCAUGCUGCUCGCUGUCAAGCAGGCCGGCAUGCCCGUCAACGCCGCCGCCCGCAUCGCCAACGAGAUGGGCAUCGCAUUCCACACCGUCGAUAUCCGUACCCCGCAAGACUUGAUCGCCUCGUUCCCCUUGGCCACCGACCUGAUCAACACUCACCUUGCCGAUGUCAACGCUCGCAUACUUGGUGGCAGAUGUGGUUUGCAACACGGAAAGGUCCUCGUCUUCUGUGAAUCAGGGAAUGAGAAAUCAGCGGCCGUUGUGGUGGCGUGGAUCAUGGAAAUGCUGGGCCUGGAUUUCCUCCGUGCAAUGCAGUUUGUUCAAGGCCAACGCUUCUGCGUCAACUUCGAUGACCACCUAAAGACUGUUCUGCAAUCUUAUGGAGAUAUCCUGGCGGCAAAGCGCCUCGUUGCCCUCGACAGCGCGGGUCGGCAUCCGCAGCAAUCCCACUCGACACAGAGCAGCUCUAAGCGUUCGCUUGAUACAACAUACGACGAGGAUAUGGAUGUAGAUACCGUAGCUGAUGCUGAUAUCCUGCGAUUCGAGGGCCGGACGCAUAUACCGUUCGAGAGUAUCGACUGA